GCUUGCUCGGCGGAGUUUAUGUGCUGAAACUGGAAAUAGUUUUUAAAUAUGUGGUGGGAUGAAUAAUAUAUUUAUUUCGUGCUUUAGGGUAAAUGACACCAAAAUCAGACGAUUAUUCUGCCUAGCAAAUUACGUUUAAGAAGAUAAAACUUCCUGCAGAUUUGACAGCAAACUUAUACCAGACUGAUCGAACUGCCUCUAGAUAACAGAUUUAGGACCAGUCAUGACGUCCGGAAUUUUCACCACGGUAGCUGUUUUGCUCAUUUUACAAUUAUCGCAAAAUGUUGGCGGCACAGAUGUUCCAUGUCCUCCUUGUUCCUGCAUUAAAAAUGAAAAUAACGAGCUACUUGUGAACUGUUCGAAUAGAAACUUAACCGCCGUUCCAAGCUUUAAUCGCAUUAGAAAGAAUUCAAUCAUAAGUCUAAAUAUGUCAGUGAAUGUUCUCAAGAACUUGACGAGGAUUACUGUAUCUCCUUUCCAGGAAUUUAGACAAUUAAAAUCACUGGACUUAUACAACACCGGUCUAGGCGCAUUCAAAUACAGUGUAUUGACUUCUGAAACAUUCAAAGGCCUGUCAAAUUUGGAAAAUCUUAACCUAUCUAAAAACAGUCGGUCCCCAUUUAAUGGUGAUACGGAUGAAAAUAUAUUUUCUAAUUUGACAUCCUUAAAAAGUUUACUCAUGUUUCAAACGACAGGAACAUACAAUGAAGGGAAGGGGUAUGCGGACAAAGCACUAGCCAAACUGACAACCCUAGAAGAAUUAUGGCUCGACGGUCUUCCUAAUGCUACAUUUGGGGAGGUAUUUCGAAACCUGACCAGUCUAAAAACACUGAAAAUAUCUGGGCGAAAGGUCGACCCAUCGUGGUUAUGGACUGAGUUUUGUUUUAUCGGUAUUAUUAGAAAUAACUCUUUAACUAAUCUCAUCAAUGUGAAGAGACUGACUAUCUCCAACUGUGGAUUGACAGAAAUUCAUCCCGACGCCUUUUUGGGUUUGACAUCUAGACUGGAACUGUUGGAUUUUUCAUAUAAUACCAAACUCGGUAAAAGUAAUGUAACAACCUAUCUUAAAAGCUUAAAAAGUGGGUUGGAUGAGCUAAUUAUUGAUAAUAUAGUAAAUCCAUAUUGUCUGGAGUGCGACCUCAUAAUAACAAAAGAAAUGGCGGAGAAUCUGGCUCACUUGAAUCUAAAGCAUCUAUCAAUGCGACGAAAUAAGAUCAAAGCUGUAAAGGAGGACGUGUUCGAAAAACUACCAUCUAUUAUAAGUGCAGAUCUUAGUUUUAACCGAUUCUCCAUGGGGUAUUACAUAUUCUAUGCGCAGAAAAUGAAACAUCUGAAACAUCUUGAUAUAUCGUACAAUUAUUUCGAUUUGGAUUUCAACUUUUGGAGCCACAUUGGCGCAGGUAAGCAUAAGUUUGGUGACAGCGAGAGGACCAAAUACAAACAGUAUAUACAUGACAUGUUCUUCAGAGCCGAAAAAAGAAUGGCGAGUAAUUUUGACCCUGUUCAGACGACUCGCAAAUUACUUAGCUCUGGAGAUCGUUGCCCAAAGGGAACUUAUCACAUUCCACCGGCAGCAUGUACCGGACUGUUACCACCAGAAAUGGAAGAAAUCGACAUCAGCUUCAGCAAUCUGGGAGUGCCUAUCUAUGAGUUUUAUGUUCACAAGAACAACAGUCUUAAAACUGUAAAGGCGGCUGGGUGCAUGUUAUACUGCUGGGAAGGACCAAUCCACGGCUUACAAGUCAUUGAAAAUAUCGACUUGAGCUUCAACUUUUGUAAUCAUGUAGAACCUGAUUUCUUUUCGAGAUUUAAAACCGUAAAGAACAUGGAUUUAUCGAAUAAUUUCCUUUCUGGCUCAAUUGCAAAAACUCCGCUUUUUGAGGAUAAUCUUGAACUAGAAGUUCUUAACAUUUCAAACAAUAAAUUAUCUAAAAUUCAUCUGGAUAUGUUUAAAAGUCAAAGAAACCUAAGGCAUUUGAGGCUAUGUAAGAAUGUUAUGAUGGAUUUUGAGAUAAAUAUCUCCCAUCUGACACAACUUCAGUAUUUAGACCUUAGUGGAAAUAACAUUCGAGUAUUAUCAGAGCCCUUGUGGAAAGUUUAUAUUCCUAAUAUCCUUAACCAACGCGAAAGCGGACAAUUAAUAAUAGAUCUAAGAGAAAAUCCGAUUGAAUGCAAGUGUGAAAAUCUGGACUUUCUGAAAUGGAUUCAUUCCAAUAUGGAAAACGGUUCCACGCUGUAUGUACGUGUGUCGUAUUGCUUGCUUAAAGACAUGUCCAAUGUUAACAUUUCUGACAAAAACCAAAUGAACACUCAGAUAGAAUAUCUUGAAAAGAUUUGCACAUCAUAUACUUAUCUCAUUGUUAUUCUUAAUGUUGUAAUGGCUAUUGCUGUGAACAUUAUAAUUGCCGGUAUAGUACAUAGAUACAGAUGGAGAAUACGAUAUUGGUUCUACGUGAGCUGGAAUAAAUCGGAAUCCAGAAAAGGUUAUACGUCACUUGAUAACCGCGAUCCUUUCAUGUUCGGAUACAAGUACCAUGUUUACGUUGCAUCGUUUGAAGAAGAUAAGGAGUUUCUAAUGGAACAUCUGGCCCCAAAACUUCGUGAAAAAGGCUGCAAACUUUUCCUGCAAAACGAUGAUAUCCUUCCUGGCCAGAACAUGUACAAUGUAAUCGGAAACGCACUUCACGUCAGUCGAGCGCUACUUUGUGUAGUCUCUAAAAGUGGCUGUCUUAGCACAGAGGAGUGGAAGGUCCUGAUGCAUAUGGCACAUGAAGAAAUGCACCAACGGGACAAACGCAUGUGUUUGACGAUGGUUUUGGAUACAGAUAAUGGGUCUCUGUCCUUGCCAAGAUCAUUACAGGAAAUCUGUGUGCAGGAGGUGAUCGAUUAUCCAAACAAUGAAGCCGAUCAACCGGCGUUCUGGGAUGAUGUGAAGGAAAAGCUUAUUCAGAUUGACAACACACCUGUUUAUAUGUAGAGAUAUAAGUUCUGAAAGAGAGUUACUUGCCAUGUUUACCAAGAGCAAAAACUUGUGUUGUAUAUGUAUUGACCUGAUACCAGUUGUAUAAAUUGAUCUUUUUUGGGGGGUUGGUUGUAGACCCAAAGUAUAUUGAUUGGUCAAUAUAUACCCACUAAUUAAUACUAACCAAUUAUUUAUGCAAAGACUAUAUUUUCUUAUAUAAAUUAUUCUUAUACUUAUUCAGACUAAAUUUAGUCUUCGUACAACUUCAACGUUUUACACAAUAAGCUGCUUAAAUAUAGCUUACCAUUUCGUGAUUUGAAUAUUGUAUAUGUGUAUAGUGUCUGCUUUGUUUUCAACAUAAUCGGUAUUAAGUGUAUAAAAAGUUGAAAAAGUUUAAGUUAUUGUUUCCAUAAUUCAAUAUUACAUUAUGUAUUUACGAAAAGAAGCUAUACAUAGGCAUGACAAGAGAAAAGUCAUAAAUAUAAUAUAUUUAGAGUAAUAAAAAGCUUUACGCAUCCUUAAUCUUGAGUCUUACUUUUUCAUUUAUGUAUAAAGUUAUGAGUAAAAAGCCUUUACUAUGUUUAGGUUCAUUUUUCAAAUGGACCGUUAGUAUUUCUACUGAAAUGAAUUUAUAUUUGUAUUGUCAAGGCGAUCAUAGUGUUGGUCAUUGUAAAAUUCCCAAACAAACGUUUUUCAGAUUAUGUAUGUUACAUGCAUUAAAUAUAUUCACGACACUUAUAA